UUCAGUCAAAGGGGUAUAUAUAGGGGAUGUUUUGCAACCCCAUGUUAUGCAGCCCAGGGAACACUACCACUCUCCCUAAAGUGCUCGCAUUGUCUUCUCAACUCUCCACCUAGUUGCCAGCAGGGAGAAACAUGGACAUAACUAUCCAGCAUCCCUGGUUCAAACGCGCUCUUGGAUCCUUAUAUCCAAGUCGCUUGUUUGACCAAUUUUUUGGAGAAGGCCUUUUUGAAUAUGACCUCUUGCCUUUCCUCUCCUCCACCAUCAGCCCUUAUUACAGGCAGUCACUCUUCCGAACUGUGUUGGAAUCAGGCAUUUCUGAGGUGAGAUCUGACCGAGACAAGUUUGUUAUCUUCCUGGAUGUUAAACAUUUCUCUCCUGAAGACUUGACUGUGAAGGUGUUGGAUGACUUUGUGGAAAUUCAUGGGAAGCACAGUGAAAGACAGGAUGACCACGGCUACAUUUCCCGUGAAUUCCAUCGUCGAUACCGCCUGCCUUCCAACGUGGAUCAGGCCUCCAUUUCCUGCUCCCUAUCUGCUGAUGGCAUGCUGACCUUCUCUGGUCCCAAGAUCCACUCUAAUAUGGAUGCAAGCCACAGCGAUCGAUCCAUCCCUGUAUCUCGUGAGGAGAAGCCCACCUUGGCUCCCUCUUCUUAGGCUGAGACCUUGUGAGUCACAUAGGCUGCCUCCAUCCGCAGUCUUUCCUCACAAAGCCAUUGCAUAGAUACCAGGGGAAAAUGUAGAAAAGUCAAGGUUGUUUAUUUUCCUCUGCUCUAUUCCCUCUUUUGUUGUUGUUAUUUUCAUUUUCUUAGAUGGGAUGAAGGUUUGAGAGAGUCUGAGACAUUGGGCCUUGAGGCCUAAAAUCUAAAGAGCUGUGAUGUUAGUGAUGAUCCAAAAAUCUAAAUGUUAAAAACCCAAAUCCCAUCACCUGGCUGGUUUGCAGAAAUGGCCAUUGUCCUAUGCUGUUUUUAAUAACAUCUUCAAGUGACUGAGAGUGUUCCUGGUGUUAACCUCCAAUAAACGAGAUGAAGAAGAAUCAACAACUGAGCCAAUCAAUGUGAAGAGAAAUUGAACUAGAGAGAGUGGGAAGUCAUAUACAUUUAAUAAAGUGCCUCCAGGUAAUUCAAAGGUUCCUCACACGUGACACAACCUAAUAUAAGCAGGUCACAGCUGGAUUUUUAGACAGGUGUGUCUCUGUAGUCAGGAUGUUAGUUUCUGUUAGCCAUGCUUCAUAUGACAGGAAGGAGUAAGUGCUGCCCAGCUUUGGAGAUUCUGUGAGAGAGUUCCAUCAUAAUAUUAAGGCUUCAAAUCCCCACUGGGAUCUCCCAAGGCUGUAUGUCUCAGACGAUCUUUCUCAAAAUCUUAAAAUUUCUAACAUAGGUUCACCACACUGUAAGAAUACCACCACUGGCCAUCAAUAAAGUAAAUGUGACAUGAGCAAA